AUGAUGAUGAUGAUGAUGAUGAUGAUGAUGAUGAAUGAUGAUGAUGAUGAUGAUGAUGAUGAUGAUGAUGAUGAUGAUGAUGAUGAUGAUGAUGAUGAUGAUGAUGAUGAUGAUGAUGAUGAUGAUGAUGAUGAUGAUGAUGAUGAUGAUGAUGAUGAUGAUGAUGAUGAUGAUGAUGAUGAUGAUGAUGAUGAUGAUGAGGAUGAGGAUGAUGAUGAUGAUGAUGAUGAUGAUGAUGAUGAUGAUGAUGAUGAUGAUGAUGAUGAUGAUGAUGAACGUCAUGAUGUCAAGAAAGGUAACCGAACUAUAAAAAUUUUUGCCGACUCAGUCUUGACUACUAACAACAAAUUGGCGUCAUUUAGUAAUUCAUUACCAUCCAUUUAA